AUGUUUGCUCCCUCUCACUUCCACUCGCACUACUUCGACGACGGCUGCUCUACAGAUGAAUUCAUCGACGCCGAGGUCAAGGUCGACCUGCAGCACGUCGAGUUCAAGGGCCUCCGCCUCUCCUCCCUCCCUCCGCCCCUCCACCAUCACCAUCUCGGCUCCGACCCCAUGUCCAUCGUAGAUCCCAUGCUCGAAGAAGAUGGCGACCAGAUGCUCGAAGACGCGGACCUCGCCGACUACGCCUAUGCGACGGGCUUCGGCGGGGGACUUGUCGGGGCGACCAACAACAUCGAGGUGCUGCCCAACGAGGUGUUCGUUCUCAUCUUCUCCUACCUCGACUCCCGCGAGCUCCUGACCGUCGCCUCCACCUGCCACCGCUGGCGCCACCUCGCCGAAGAGGAGACUCUGUGGAAGCAGGAGGUGGUGCGCGGUUGCCGCUCGCAUAGUAAGGCCCACGCCCUCCUCAAGCACUACACUCCCCUCCUGGCCGCUUCGAGCAAGGAGGCCGAUCGGGAAAGGGCGACGGGUCAGUCCCGCUGGAAGUCGGUCUGGCUCGCCCAGAAGAAGACCAAGGGCAACUGGCGCAAGGCCGCCUUCCGCAGACGUCUGCUGCCCAAGCAGCACACGGCCGCCGUCUUCUGCCUGGCGUUCGACGACGAGCACAUCGUGACGGGCAGCAGCGACCACACCGUGCAGGUGUGGGACAUCAACUCUGGCGCCCCUCUGCGCAGCCUUACCGGCCACCAGUACGCCGUGUGGAAUAUCAAGUUGGUGGGCUCGACCGCCAUCUCGGCCUCGUACGACGGCACCCUGCGUCUGUGGGACGUCAAGACGGGCAGGAACCUCAACACCCUCCGCGGUCACGCCUCGGCAAUCUGGGGACUUGAUGCAAUGGGCAACAAGGUCGUGAGCAGCUCCACCGAUACCUUCAUUCGCCUGUGGGACAUGGAGACCGGCGAAUGCGAGCGUCGUGUCGCCGCCAACCAGGACACGAUCUGGUGCAGCCAGUUCCUCGACCAGAACACGGUCAUCACCGGCGGCGCCGACAUCAGGAUCUGGGACUUGCGUGUCAAUACGGGCAACGAGGGCGAGUGCACGCCCGUCUCCCAGUUUUCGGGCCACAAGGACGCCAUCCGCUGCCUGCAGGCCGACUCCAACUACGUGGUGUCGGGCUCGUACGACAGCACGGCCGGCGUGUGGGACAGGAUCGCCGGCAAGCGCCUAUGGGAGCUGAGCGGCCACACCGACUCCAUCACCACCCUCCAGUACGACACCUCUGGCAUGCUCAUCACCUCCUCCUUCGACCAGUCCUUCCGAGUGUGGGACAUCAAGGACGGUACGCAGAUGACGAUGUGGGGCAAGGCCGACGAGGAGCAGGGCAAGUUCGAGGUGCAGCGCGUCGAUCACAACGAGACGGCCGAGUCCGUGGAAGACAAGGGCGGCAAGGUCUACACCCUCCGCUUUGAUGACCACCGACUGAUCACUGGCCGUGAAGACUGUCGCCUGAGGAUUGACGACUUCUCCGCCCGUUCGCUGUACUAA